AUGACACUAAUUAAACAGAGCGACCAAUUUAUCCAGAAAUCGCUCGAGCUGCUCCAGGCAAGCCCGGAGGACACAACCGUGUCGAUCACAUACACACACUCGCGCGUGAAGUCCGCCAAGACCGGCAAGCCGGCCAAAGCGUUGAUCAAACUCAAGACCUACAAUCCUCAAACCGGGAUCUGUCUGAACUUCAAGACGCACAAGGCUAAGGAAUUCAGCAGAAUGAUCAACGUUCUUGGGCCAAGAGGCAGCUCCACGACAAAGGUCGAAAAUUCCGAAAAGAAAACCAUACAUCUUGAUGGAUUCUCCAGUAUUAUGAGUAAUGUCGAGUUCAAGGAAGAGACUGCACCUGCUCCAGCAGCGGCUCCUGUGUCGGAACAGGCAGAGACAGGAGGCAAGAAGAAAAACAAAAAGAAGGGCAAAAAGAAGUAG